GGAAUCAGUGGUGAACAGGGUGAUGAACAAGUUGUCUCCUCUCCAUGACAAGAUCUACUGUGCUCUGUCAGGCUCUGCAGCGGACGCCCAGACCAUCGCUGAGAUGGUCAACUACCAGCUGGAUGUUCACAGUAUUGAAAUAGAUAAGGACCCAAAGGUUUGCUCGGCUGCCACCCUGGUGAGGAACAUCUCAUACAAGUACAAGGAGGAGCUGUCAGCACAUCUCAUUGUGGCCGGCUGGGACAGAAGAGAUGGAGGACAGGUGUUUGCGACUCUGAAUGGACUCCUGACCAGGCAGCCUUUUGCAAUCGGUGGCUCUGGCAGCUCUUAUGUUUAUGGAUUUGUUGAUGCUGAGUAUCGUAAGGACAUGGCCAAGGAAGAGUGCCAGCAGUUUGUUAUCAACACGCUGGCUUUGGCAAUGAACCGCGAUGGCUCCAGUGGCGGCGUGGCCUAUAUUGUCUCUAUUGAUGAACAUGGUGCAGAGGAGAAGGUCGUUCUGGGAAAUGACUUACCCACCUUCUUUGAUCAGUGAUCAAUAUUCAUUUUUGCUCAGCUGCUAACUAACAUAUCUUGAAAAAGAUAUUGGACAAGACUACUUUUUACUUAUACAUUUAAUCUUAACGUUUCUUCAAGUGAAAUGUCAUUGUUUAUGUUAUCUUAAAGCUGAUGGUUCCCUCACAUCAUAUAAACCUGAUUUGGUUUAUUAUCUCACCAGAGUGUUGUUAGCUAUGUCCCUUUACCAAGUUUUGGACAGCUUCAGGAUAAGACACAGCAAUUGUCACUAUGUCCAUCCUCAAAUUAUCUUUUUCUCUAUAACCCCUGAGUCACCAGAUGCCAAUUACAUAUUUUAAACUUGUUGCAAGACUCAUUAUUCAGUCCAUGAAUCUGAAACAUGACAAAAUGACUACCAAUGUGUGUGUACUGGUGGCAGAGAAAAGUAAAUAGGACAAAACCUGCAAAACCCAUACAAUUAUUUUAGUCUCUUUAUAAAUAGUCCCACAAAAACACAUGCUAUAAUUCGCAGCAACAGCAAGUCUUACAAAGACAUACCAAAAAGUUAAAAAAGGUGUUUGAGUACUACAAAAGUGUGUCACCCUCCACUGUUAGCCACUGCUCAGUCAUCACAGUAAUACAACCAGAUUAAGAUGCCUGGUUGAUGUUUGGUUAAACAUACAUACAUGUAUUAGUAAUGCAUAGUGUCCAUGCAUUAUUUAUUUUAUGUAAAUGAUGUAACACUUAAAAUUGAAUAAAAGCCUUUUAUUGAAAAA